GAGAAAGGAAAAGUCGUCUCAUGGUUGCCAAUUUUUCUUCCCUAUAAAAAUGGAUCUGCAACUGCCGUUUCCUUCUAUAACUCUCUUUUUCUCUCUAUGCAUUUAUAUUUUUCAAAACCGUCUUCUUCAUAACUCUCCUUCUUAACACUCUUCACCUUCUCCCUGACCCUUCAUUUCCAUGGCUACCAUGGCCUGCUCAGCCAACGAGCUGGCCCAGCUCCUCGGUCCCAACAUCACCAGCUCCUUGGACGCUGCCAACUUCAUCUGCUCUAGAUUCACCGCCUCCGACGACAACUUUGCAGCCACCAGAUACGCUGUUGACAACACCUACCUUCUCUUCUCAGCCUAUCUUGUCUUCUCCAUGCAACUGGGUUUCGCCAUGCUCUGUGCUGGCUCUGUCCGCGCUAAAAACACAAUGAACAUCAUGCUUACCAAUGUCCUCGACGCCGCAGCGGGUGGGCUUUUCUAUUAUUUGUUCGGUUUCGCCUUUGCUUUUGGUGGUCCGUCCAACGGGUUCAUUGGAAAACAUCACUUUGGUCUUGAAUCAAUUCCAUCUUCCUCUUUUGAUUACAGCAACUUUCUUUAUCAGUGGGCUUUUGCUAUAGCUGCCGCUGGGAUUACUAGUGGCUCUAUAGCAGAAAGAACCCAGUUCGUUGCUUAUUUGAUAUACUCUUCUUUCCUGACUGGGUUUGUUUACCCGGUUGUUUCGCACUGGUUCUGGUCUACUGACGGCUGGGCUUCUGCUUUUAAUAAUGACAAUCUAUUGUUUGACAGUGGAGUAAUUGAUUUUGCUGGAUCUGGUGUUGUCCAUAUGGUUGGUGGAAUUGCUGGGCUUUGGGGUGCUUUAAUUGAAGGUCCAAGAAUUGGUCGUUUUGAUCAUUCAGGUAGAGCUCUUUCUUUACGUGGACAUAGUGCUUCUCUGGUUGUUCUCGGCACUUUCAUGCUUUGGUUUGGUUGGUAUGGUUUUAACCCGGGUUCUUUUAACAAAAUCUUGAUCACUUACUCUGGCACGGAAGCCUUUUAUGGUCAGUGGAGUGCAGUUGGUCGAACCGCGGUCACAACCACCUUAGCCGGUUGCACCGCAGCCUUGACCACUCUUUUCGGUAAGAGAAUUUUGUCUGGUCAUUGGAAUGUCACUGAUGUGUGCAACGGCUUGCUUGGUGGCUUUGCUGCUAUUACUGCUGGUUGCUCUGUUGUUGAACCAUGGGCUGCAAUUAUAUGUGGGUUUAUUGCUGCUUUAGUAUUAAUUGGGUGUAACAAAUUGGCCGAAAUAUUUAAAUUUGAUGACCCAUUAGAGGCUGCGCAGCUUCACGGCGGUUGCGGUACUUGGGGAGUGAUUUUUACUGCUUUGUUUGCUAGAAAGAAGUAUGUGGAUCAAGUUUAUGGAGUGGGUCGGCCAUAUGGGUUGUUUAUGGGCGGUGGGGGAAAGCUUUUGGCUGCUCAUGUAAUUCAGAUUCUUGUGAUUACCGGAUGGGUGAGUGCUACAAUGGGUCCAUUGUUUUUUAUUCUUCAUAAGCUCAAGCUUUUGAGAAUUUCUGCUGAAGAUGAAAUGGCGGGUAUGGAUCUGACCCGGCAUGGUGGAUUUGCUUAUAUUUACCAUGACGAUGAUGAGUCUCAUAAGCAUGGAAUUCAGUUGAGGAAAAUCGAGCCUUCAUCAGCAACUCCUAAUAAUAAUUCAAAUGUUUAAUUAGAACAAAAUCAAGAAUUACAUUCUACUCUUUUCUUUUUUUUAAUGUAGGAGGGUAAUUGUUAAAUGUUAUCUUUUAGAAUUUGUGUAAGAUAGAAUUGAAUAUUUGGUGGGUGAGUGGUGGAUAAUGAAGACUUGGACUAGAAUGGUUUGUUUUCUAUGCAUAAUUAUAUUAAUAUUUGUUCACAUGAAGAAUAUGAAAUCAAUGGGUGUCUAAUAUAUACUACCUUUUCCUUUUUUUCUUGGGUAGGGGAGAGCUUUGCCACAGGUCAUGGUGGAAAUGCUUUUGUUUGUUUUUCUCUAGGCUUUUGAAUUGUCAGGAUAUGAAGGUGCAAAUUGGAACGAGUGGCUAGCUGUUGGUUGUGGAAUUGUAUUUUAUAUUUUGAAAGAUUUAUCAAGUCAUCAUCAAAGCAAUAGAAAGCAAGCAAACAAAACCAGUUGGAUAUGAUAUUUUGACAAAGCA